UGAAAUGUUACCCGUAAAGCGUUCCAAACAAACUUUCCUUCUUGAAAAGAUCCAUGAAACUAGGGUAGCAACCCAGAUUCGUCAACAACAUGAUGCUCAAGAAGAAGUAACAAUUAAAUAUGAACUCGUUCCAGCCGAACCGGAAGAUAAACAAGAAGACGAUAUAUUGGUAGCUACUGGCGAUUCGCUUCACACCGAAUUGAAGAUGACUUGUUCCGACAGUGAAGAUUCAACCGGUGCAUCUACCGAUAGCCGUUGUUCUGUAUCCCAGACUAGCUACACCAACAGCUAUCCAGCAUCGACCGAAACGACGCAUAUGGCAAAAGCAAAGAGCGCAAUCCCUUCGAAAGAACCUUCGAUCUCAAAUGUACUGAACAUCUUGACAACGGUUUCAGAGAAUAUCAAGCAAAUGCAGGAAAAAACGGAAACCAUUCAAAAGGAGGUGGCAAGCAUUUCAAAUCGAUUGGCGCGGGUCGAAAGGAAAGUGGGCAUUUCGCUAGCAACGAUGGAGCAAGUGAAGGAUGUGGUAAUAACAGCCGAUGCAUGUUUCGGAACCGAUGCCAACACAGCAGCUGCGUUUAGUUUUGAACCGAUAAGCAGCGAAGAGGAGCUGAUGGAAUGCGAUUCGAAGCUUGGCAACGAUGAAGAAUAUUAUGCUAAUGUUAUAAAGUGGCUCAGACUGCAGAUCAACGUCCCAGACCCAGACAAUCGGUUGCAUCUAGCAAUGGAUUUGGUAUUCGAACGAUCUUUUUUACCUUUGUGCAGUUGGACUGGCAAUGGUAGGCCAGCGCCAAAAAUAGCUUUACGUGAACGGACGAACGUCCUGAAACUGUUUGCGGACAUCGGCAGCAAUCAGUACUUUAGCGUGAACGAAUUAUUCGUACAAAAAUUUUUCUUGAAAAAGCUGCCUCAUGCCAAAAAUAGAACUAAUUUGAUACAUGGUAGAGCUACAUCAUGCCAUAAGCGAAAAUCCACCUAA